AUGACGUCCACCCCUAGCGAUGCGGGCCUCCUGUCACCGCGAGAGAGCGACUCCGAGUCGUCCACUUCAUUAGCCCAAGCCGCCCAGAGAACACUACCCAAACUAUCCUUACCCUACCGCCGCUCAAACGCUUCAGUCGCCAGCUUGUUCGCUUCCACAUCCUCCGCCCAACAUUCCCCCACUGCCUCUGGCACCUCGACACCGCCCGCCGGUGUCGUCAAUGCCUCCGUCUUCUCUCCUCCUGCUUCGAGAUUGGCCAAUGCCUUGAACUCGCCCUCCACUGCCGCCCAACCAGACGAGGCCCGUCAGCUGGUCCUGCGCGCCUUUGCUCCUCGUGUUUCUGUCCUGGCCUCGGAUGAUUGUCAAGAGCUGCUGCGCCACAAGGGAAUCAAUGGCGGUCUGUUGGAGUUGCUACGCCCUUUCGGGGAAAAAGUAGGCGGAAGAGUGGUUGUCAGGGAUAGCACUGGUGCUAGCAGACCAUGGGACGACUUUGGAAUCAGGUUAACUGGCGUUUCCGACGGUCUUGAAGCCCCGAGACUGGAUCCCAAUCCAUCUGACCUGCCCGAAUACCGUCCUGCGCGCUUGCGUACUGGAGGUGAUGUCGACCAGAUUGACGAGCUCGUUUCUCGUCACCUCCACUAUGCUCAGGAUCAACCAACAGCUGGCGACUAUUUCUCGGCACCCGAAACAAAACCACAUCCAUCACAGCUCACGCCAUUUUAUACCUUAUACCUUCGAAGACUUCUCUCUGGAAUACCUGUGGCCCCUCACGAGACCUUCUCUCACCCUGUAGCUCUUGUAAUAGCCAUCAGCUCUCGAAAUCCCGCCCCUAUAGACGAACUCCGCACUCUAUAUACCACCUCCAACACAGGCCAGUACAGACCACCACCAUGGGUUAAUAACGAAUUUCUACGAUAUUAUGUUCUCAUUCAUGACGAAGACCAUGACGACAUUACAAAGUCCACCGCUCUAUAUGAACAGAUGAAGCGUCACUUCGGUCUGCAUUGCCAUCUGUUGCGUCUACGGAGUAAUGAGUGUCUUCCUUCAGAUGAUGACAGCAUGAGGCUACCGUCUUGCGAGUGGCUCUCUGCUGGAGAGGAGUUGGGCGAGAUAGCUCACAGAGAGAGCUCCGAAGUUGACGACGAUCCUACCCCAUACAUCUUCGAAUCUGAUGCAGCAGCCAUCAGAGCGUUCGUUCGCGAAAUGGUAACGCAAUCAGUGGUGCCUGGCAUGGAACGCUUGUCAGCCUUGUGGAACAACGAAGUCGCUUCACGGCGACGAGGUAUCGCAGGAAAGAUUGGUAUGGUGUCCAAGCGCUUCACGUUCGGUUUCUCAGGACGAGGCUCUUCUGGCGGCAUCGGCGGAUCCAACAGCAACUACGACGCCCUUCAAGGAUUUUACAAGCCUGAUACGCCGGAGGCUGUAUUACGCAAACUCGCCGACUACGCUUUCAUGCUCCGCGACUUCAAGCUCGCUCAGAGCACCUAUGAUCUUCUCUGCACAGACUAUAAAAACGACAAAGCAUGGAAACACUACGCUGGCGCCAAUGAAAUGGCCGCUGUUACAGCUCUUCUAUCAGCACCCAUCGUACCCUCUCGCACUCGGGUUGACUCUCUAGAUCAAUUACUAGAGACAGCAUACUACUCCUACCUCACUCGCUGCUCUGCCCCUUACUCGGCCCUACGCACAUUAAUCAUAGGCACAGAGCUGUUGCGCUUACGAGGCGGCUCAGCUCUAGACGACUCAGCCCGCUGGGCAACCCGCAUCCUCGAAGACAGAUUAGUAGGCAGCACAGGCCACGCCCUCCUUCUCGAACGCAUCGCCUCCUGCUAUUCCUCCCGUCGUGGGCACGGAAAACUAAACUCCGGCUCACGACACCGAAAAGCCGCUUUCUACCACGUUCUCGCUGCAGAAGCAUGGCUAAAACUCGACAAACCGCGCCAGAGCGAGCAAAACCUGACUCUUGCUACGGAGAUUUAUGCAAAUAGUUUACCGCCCUCAAGUCUUCAGAUUUCGUCGUUUGAGCACUUGGAAACGUUUUUGUUGCAGCUUAAACAAGCGGUUGUGGAGAGUAGACCUGCUACUAGAGAUGAUGGCGAUGCCACUGAACAGCAGAAGAAUCAAGAAGAUACACUGGCGGAUGUGGAAACGAUACAAGAACAACCUAGCAGUGGUCAACGAAGCCAUGCUAGAAGUCUUAGCACUAACACUGCUGCUGCUCCUGCUGCGGUAUCGGGCUUGGAUCCGUUGGGUGUGGCUGUUUUGCCCCCUCCACAUAGUCCUACACUUGAAGAACGACCGGAUCCUGCUAAUGAUGGGUUUGAGUAG